AUGAUUGCCCUAGUGUUGUUUGUUGUGGGAAGCCUAGCGGCAACAGAGGCGUGUGGUGCUGGGAAACAGAUGCUGAGAACUGGAGGGCUGACAGCCUAUGAGAAACAAGCUAUUGUAGACGCUCAUAAUCGUCUUCGGCAGUCAGUAGCUCUAGGACAAGUAUCAAGCCAACCACCAGCAGCUAAUAUGAUGGAAAUGGUAUGGGACGAAGAGUUAGCAGCCACGGCACAACGUUGGUCUGACCAAUGCACUCCCGCACAUGAUAGAGCGGCGCAGCGUGAUGUCGGCAGGUUUCCUGUGGGGCAAAACCUUGCAGCCACGUGGACCACUCGCCCACCAAGUGAUUCUUCGGACUCAGAACCAGACUUCAUGAAACAGAUUAAUGCGUGGUUUGAUGAAGUCAGGAUUUACGGGUUCAAGCCUAUCAGUGGUGGACACGGGACUGGACAUUACUCUCAGUUGGUAUGGGGCGAGACAUCUCAUGUUGGAUGUGGAUACACAUUCUACUAUGACCCAACCCGCGGAUACACCAAGCUGUAUGUUUGUAACUACGGCCCAGGUGGCAAUGUCAUUGGAUCGAACCCCUACGAAAAAGGAAGUCCAUCUUGCAGCGCAUUUGGACUUUCAGAAUCGAGAAAAUACUCUGGCUUAUGCUCGGCCACUUACACGAGCACAUCGAGCUACCAAGUUGACAAUAACAACGGCUACAUCUCGAAUGUCAUCCCCGACAGCACUGGUGAUUCUCCAGCCUUCAACUACCACUUCUAUAACCAAUACAACAACGAAUACCAGUACUAUCAACGGCCACAGACCUACUACAAACCCGAGGCUACCACCUUUAGGCCUCUGAUCAGCAUCUUCAAGACCGCUUCAAAUUUAUUCGUUAAACCAAAAGCUCUUCGGGUUGGAAACGUCUACCUAUAA